CUAUACAAAUUCCGAGCAGACAAUUUUGAAAUGACACGAACGGUAGGAAAUAAAUUUAAAUCACUUUAUACUCGCACACUCAUGAUUUUCACAGAAAAAACACACUAAAUCCAAAGAUUUUGAAGAGACCUCCACAUGCUGAGUCAAAUGAGUGGUGAUGCUGCGGGAGAUGAUAGCUCCACUGUAAUUGCACAAGCGGAAAACAAUUUCGGGAAUGAAACUAGGGCUCCACCUAUUGGCUGGAACAUUAGGAAUGGAGAUGAGCAGAUACCUGAUAACAAAAUACCCGGUUAUCUGACCGAGAUCCAUCUGAGUCAUAAACAGAUCACCAAACGCUUUGCUGAGCUACUGAAUUUGUUCGAGGAUUACACCAAACUCCUGGACACUGAGCACCAGCAUCAUGUUGGUGUUCCAUUUCGACUGAAGCGAGUUCAAUCCGAGCAGUUAGCUUUGAAGGAAGAAGAUGAAAAUGCGGAGCACAGAGCAUCGAGUCUCAGUCGGCUAUCGGAUAUUACAAUGAAGCCCUCCUGUGAGGUGAGCAGUCAGACUUCUUGGAGUGCCGUAGAUCAGAAACAAGCCGAGGGUACGGAUUUAGAGGCCAAAUUAGCGGCCGUAAGCGGAAGUGUUGAUCCGGAAAAGGAGAAACCGAGCAAGGUGUUGCAGCACACCAUCCACAUCGAGGUGGAAUCGGUGACUUCGGCCACGGAUAUGCAAAGGCCGCCGCUGCGCCAAAGGAUGUGGCAUGUCCUCGUGCAGACGGGCGAAGCCAUCGUGGCCUGCGCCUACAUGAUCGGCGAGAAUAUCACCUUUGCCCUGUUCAUUGUCCUGUGCCUGUGGUGUCUUUACUUGUUGUUGAGCCACUUCUAUGGCUUCUUGCAUACGAAUGUCAACCAGCAGAUCGACUUGAAACGCAACUUGGCGCGCAUUCCACAGCCCGCACAAUUAAGAUAAGCGGUUUAUUUUCGCUCUUCGAUUAAAUAAAUAAA